AUGCCAAGCACCUCAAGGCGACCCACCAAUAUGAAGCCUCCUGCACUUACUGCAAGCGGUAAAAGUAGUCAAGAAAGCAAGGCUGAUAUUAUAUCGGUCUCUGGACAAAUCACGUCACCCAGCGGUAUGCCCAAGUUUUCAGCAGGGCCCGGCAUGCCGCCGACCAACUCACCGACUUCAGAUCCAAAGAAAGUACACCUAAAGUCUAGUACCGAAGCGACAUCAAAUCCAAACUAUACUCCACUAAGUCAACAUCCAUUGUACCCUAAAGUUCAAAGCCUUCACGUGUCUUUACAUCCGUUCCUAUACCACGAUUGGGAGUCAAACGGAGCUUACAAUCUCACCAGCCUCAAGUAUUACAACAUCUUGCUACAUUUCAAUCCCAGCACUAAAGCACGUCCGAAUAAAAACAAGAAGAUCUUGAUUGACAUGUUCAAGUCCGAUUUGCUACCCCAACUUGCGCCUUUCUGCACUUCUCCAACAGCAGCACCAACUUCGUAUGCGAUGGAUACAGAUGAUGAUCAGGAUACAGAUACAGACUUCGACCCAUUGGACCGCCGAACCACCAUCGCGAUGCUCUGUGACGCGAUCAGAUCCAAAAAUUCCCGAGUUAAUAUAUCGUCUGUUGCAUUAAAGGACGAGGUCUUGGCUCUCUACAAGCACUUUGUCAACCCGUUCCUUCAGGGCCUCCAGAAAAGUUCCUACACUUCCAAGCCCAACGUUGUGUCAUCGAAGAGACUUGAGAAACUUACUAGCCAUCAAAUCCGACAUGCACUACAAGCUCACCACCCCGAGGUUUUUGUCAACUGCCCAGUCUUGAAAGUAUCACAUUACAAAGCUUUGUACCGUAAAUUUGUGAUUGAGGACAAGAAACUUGACACUGAAGAAGAAUUGGUUGAAGGAUAUCACUACUGGAUCAUCGCCGACUUGGUCCAAGAUGUUGAAUAA